CUUUCCCUUUUGUGCUUUUUUCUAACUAGGAAUAAAGAAAUGACCACCAGUAUAAACCACUACAAUAAUCUUUGUGAAAGCAGCACAGAAUCACUGUUCAAUUUCAUAAACCAGGACAUCAGAGAGUGACAGUGAGACAGGACAAGUGAAUUAACCAGAAAUGGUCUUGGCUGACGUCUGACUCCCGUGGAAUCUCUUAGGAGCCCUGACUCUUCUCUGUCCUGUGAGAACAAUAUGAAGGAGCUCACACAAACUGCACAUUUUACAUUGUGGAAGAACAGCAACGUUUACCCACCGAAGACUUUAUACUGGACCUGACAGAGACAAGAGGAAGCUAGGAAGCUUGCAGAAUGUUUUUAAAUUUCAGAAAAGUCAGGAAAUGGAAAUGCAUGCAGCUGAUGACAACGUGCUUCAUAGUGUCUAUUGUGACCAUCUGCUGGGAGCAUCUUGAUCACAAGGUGGUAAGUCACAUGAAGUCCUACUCUUACCGCUACCUCGUGAACAGCUACAACUUCGUCAACAAGAGCAUGGUCAUUAGCCUGGAAGAAGCUGAAAGCCUACAUAACUAUCCGUACUUGAUCAAUCACGAGGGCAAGUGCCAGAAGCAGAAUGUGCUGCUUCUCCUCUUCGUGAAGUCGCCUCCCGAGAACGUGAAUCGGAGACGGUCAAUCCGGUCCACCUGGGGGAACGAGACCUACAUACAGGCUCAGCUGCGCGCGACCGUGAAGGUCGUGUUCGUGCUGGGGGUGCACAGAAACCCCCUACAGCGAGAACGGUUCCAGAAGGAGCUCCUCGAGGAGGACAGCACACACGGGGACCUCGUCCAGCAGGGCUUUGUCGACGCGUUCCACAACCUCACCAUCAAGCUGAUCCUGCAGUUCAAGUGGGCGCACUCCUUCUGCGGCCACGCCAGGUUCGUCAUGUCUGCGGACGACGACAUCUUCGUCCACAUGCCCAACCUGGUUGGGUACCUCCGGGAGAUGGAGCACAGGGGCGUCCAGGGCUUCUGGAUUGGGCGCGUGCACAGAGGGGCGCCUCCCAUCCGCAGGAAAGACAGCAAGUACUAUGUGCCUUACGAGAUGUACCAGUGGUCCUCCUAUCCAGAUUACACAGCCGGGGCAGGGUAUGUGGUCUCAGGGGACGUAGCAGAGAAAAUCUACCAAGCUUCCAGAACUCUCAAUGCCACGCUCUACAUCGAUGACGUCUUCAUGGGGAUCUGUGCUGUGAAAAUGGGGGUGGCAGCCCAGGAACAUGUGUUCUUCUCAGGAGAGGGGAAGGCUCCCUAUCACAAGUGCAUCUUUGACAAGAUGAUGACCUCCCACGGUCAUGUGGAGGAUAUCCAUUAUCUCUGGAAGGAGGCCACCAAUUUAGAGGUUAAGCACACCUCCUCAGGGAUAAUAGGAAAGCUGUACUGUACAGCUGUAAAGCUGUACCUUCUUUGUAAACCAUAUCAUUUCAACACUUACCCCUGCAAGGCGGCUUUUUCAUAGUGUACACUCCCAGAAACAUACUGAUUGAUUCUAUUGAUUACCUGCAGCAUGUUGUUUUUAGUUUCGCUAUAUUAUUUUCACAUUUGCAGCUAGGCAUUCUUAACAUAAGUACGGUGAGUGUUUUUCCAGGUUAUCUUCCACAUAGAUAAAAUAAAGUCAAACUUUUUUUAUGUUGCAUUGAGUGAUAAAUGUCCACUCAAACAUGGAAUAGGAACAAGCAUCUACAAUUUCAGCUAAAAAUCAGGUCCCUGAAUCCUCUCUGUGUCUGCUGCUAUCAGGGCACAGUGCUCACUGUAGGGUGAGCCAAGAACUGGGUCAAAGAUCUGCGACACUGACCAGAUGUGAAUGUCAGUUUUAAAGCAGUCUAAUUCGACCCACACAAACCAGCAUCCCAUGAACGAAUCCUGAAUUGACUAGGCUAUUUUCUACUUGUUCAUUUUGAACAUUUUGUAAUAACAAGCUUAGGCAGAAUUUACUCUUUCUAAGGUCUUCAUGAAACCACAUCACAUCCCGCUCUGUUAAAGAGCGUCUGUAAGGCAUCACUCCCAAACCAGAUUCAUUGGAACUGGAGUGGGAAUGAAUUUCACAGGGAUCUGAAGAACAAAUGAUGCCCUUAGAUUCAGUUGUCAUGCUGUUGAGUUGCACGAGAGCUUUCAGUGACUGUGAAGAUUUGCUCAGAGGCGUGCCUGAGCUACAGUACAGGGCACCUGCAAGACCAGGUGAGAGAUGAACACAGUCCCCCUUCAGAUGGGGGGCAGACAGGUGCUUCAUGCCAGUCACAGAGCCAGAGGGCGAAGAGCUCAUGAGGGGGAAAGACAAGGGGUCCUUCUGCCUAAAGGCAAACACCUUCUUCACAACAACGGUAUUAUGAUGCUGGCUGUAAUUUACUGUUUCUAUUUUAUUUUUACAGAAUGAUUGUGAGAGUAGCCCUAGGGCUGAUAAUUGCAAACUGUUUACAUUGAGCAUGAGUACACAGAGGCUGUACUAUGAAUGCACUUGUGUGUCCAUCUUAUGAUGUUUUUCCUCUUACCAUUUAGUUAUAAAAAUACACAGCUCAGUGAGCAUC